GUGCUCUACUUAUGUUUCUCUUUUUUAAAUCUGAAAAAUGUUUGUUUAGACUGAGUGUGUUUUAGAGCCUGUACUUUUAUUCUUCAUGGUGCAUUUUUAUUUUUUUUUCCAUUUUCUACACUACAUACCUGUGUUUUGUGCUCCACUGUAGCGCAGGGUCAGUCUGUGCUGGACUGCAGAACAAACUUCCCUCCACUUUACUGCCCUCCCUCCACUUUGUCCAAGGGAGACCACAUUUGAAACGUAACUCCACCUGAAACCUGGCACGGGCCAAUCGGUUGGGGAAAUGUCACCACAGACAGCACACCCUCCUUUUUUCAAAACCAAUCAGAGUGGAAGUGUGGCGUUUUGCCUGAGGGGAAAACUUACCCCUGAAUGUGUUAAUUACGCAUCACUUAGCUGUUGCCAAUGUGUUCACAACAGCGGACCCUCUUCUGGGCUUCUUUCAGCAACUGCUUUCAUUUUUCUGCCAAUCUAGUAUGGAUAGUAGACAACAAUGGCUCACCAGGCUGAAAAAUGAACUUAGUAACAGUCCUCUGGCAUCAAAUGUGGCUUUUGGCUUUAUCCUCAUGGGACUAGAAAAGCUGAUGGAACUGGAGUUUGAGUGUCCUUGCAACCCUACGUGGAAUGGAGUGUUUUCAUCAGCGUUCUUCAUCAUUCCUGCCGUCAUGGCUUUCACCCUGAUGCUGAUCAUUCAAGGAUGUAGAUGUGACACGCGGUGCAGGAAAAGCGUCUCCAGUAUUGUUCCUGCGGUCGUGUGGCUGAUUCUGUUGUUCCUCGAUGGCCAAUACUUUGCUUGUGCUAUGACAGAUUGGGAGGGUAGAUUUGUACUAGUGGACAAGGCAGCUCCCCAGAAGUGGUGUGAGCCAAUCAGUGAGGGCAACGGGACCCCACAAGAACUAAUGCUCCGCUCACAGCAGCUGUUUGUCUUUUCUCAGGUUAUUGGCCUAGUCCUCCUCAUUUUCAUCUGUGUGGGUCUCAUAGGGUAUGUAGUCAGAGAAGGCUGCCAACAAGAGGUGAACAUGCAGGAUGACAAUGCAGCUGAGCUGAGUGUGCUCAGGAUGAGCUCUCUGCAGACCAGGACAUCCUGAGAGCAAACACCUCACCCGCCCCGCUGACACGGAUGCUUUGCAAAUAGCCUGAACAGACUAUACUGCAACUUUUCAUGACGACUGUCGACGCGUCUGGGAGUAUUAUUCCUCCAUGAAGAUAGACACUGGUGAUUUUGAAUUACGCGGCUCUUUGAGGCUGUGUAAAUAACUGAAAACAGUGAUUCUUUUCUUGUUAGCAAGAUUUGUACUUGCACCGGUCUGAUAUGUGUCACAGUAUAUUGUUUUUACCUGUAUGUAAAGCAGCGGUUUGUAAUGCAGUUAACCACAGAAUUUAUUCUGUGGUCUUAUAUCGUAAUGUAUUUGCAGAUUCAUGCGUGUAGUCCGAGUUCAUCUGGUUUCAAGGCAGACGUCAAGAGGGAGGUCACCUCCUUAUCUCGUCACUGCAGAAGCAGCAAUUCGACAACUGUGUCCUAAACUAGGUGUUUUUUUUUGUCGCGGAGGAACGUGGAGUCGUUGCGUUACAUGCUAUGUUCCUUCUCUGGAGUAAUUAUUUGUAAACAAUCUCUCCUGCUUAGUAAAAGAAGAAAGACUAUUUCUGACUGACAGACUUUUUAUUUCUUUUCUCACCACUAUUUCCACCACACCACUCUCAUGUCCAGUAAUUACAACGCCGUAAAUAUCCAGUAUUCCCUUCCAGCACUUCUAAAAGUGACUGAUGCACAUACUCGUCGGAAAACAAAACAAAAGCCCUGUAUGACUCAUAUUCCAUGGGUUUUAUAUUUGACUAUCUAUAAAGCAAUUGCAAGGCAGCCAGCAGAGACGCCACUCCAGAUACAUUAUAUUCCCAGCCAAGAAAUGAGUUGUCUCAAUUUUGAGGGGCUGCAUCUUUGUUAAGGCCUCAUCUGAAGACGUACUGUGUGACCGUGUUGCGGGUUUGUCAGAGAUUCCUCCAAAUGUGGCAGAUAAUUGAAUCCGCUGUUUCGUUGCUCCAGCCUUCACAUUCUAUAAUGGCCAUUAAGAGCGAGUCCUUCAAAGGAUGUACCUAUGAACUGAGACAGCUGUAAUCCAAAAAAAAACAAACUAUUUUUUUACAGUCUUUAUUUUGAACUAAGAUAAGUGGCUGCUGAUUCCAGCAUCUCAUUU